AGUUAUUUACGGCAUGGCUCACCACAGCUCACAAAAGCAACCCAAAAAAUACCACGUUCAGCCUCCAAUAGCGAUGUAGGCAAGCCCCCAGUUUUGAUUUUUUUUACCCCAACUUGCUUAUUCAACUUGGAUACUUAUUUGUGCCACAAGAAAUGGCUCUUCAUCACCAGUAAAGGUUAAUCCCCUGGGCCCCACUAGCUUGUAUAUAUAGGCGCACACACCAAUGUUAACUUCCAGUAACCAAAUUAAGUUAAUUUCCCUACAUACUGAUUUUUAUUCUAAAGUUUGAUCAUUAUGAGUAGCUUUACAGAAGAACAAGAAGCUUUGGUAGUCAAGUCAUGGAACUCAAUGAAGAAGGAUGCUGGUGAAUGGGGUCUCAAAUUCUUUCUCAAGAUAUUUGAGAUAGCACCAUCAGCUAAAAAACUGUUUUCAUUCCUCAAAGAUUCAGAUGUGCCCUUGGACCAAAAUCCUAAACUCAAGAUCCAUGCUAAAUCUGUCCUUGUCAUGACUUGUGAAGCGGCGGUUCAACUUAGGAAAGCCGGAAAGGUUGUGGUGAGGGAUUCCACUCUCAAAAAGUUAGGUGCGACGCACUUGAAAUAUGGUGUGGUUGAUGAGCAUUUCGAGGUAACAAAAUAUGCCUUGUGUGAGACAAUCAAAGAAGCAACUCCAGAGAUAUGGAGCGUUGACAUGAAGAAUGCAUGGGGAGAGGCCUUUGAUCAAUUGGUUAGCGCAAUCAAAACCGAGAUGAAGUGAAGUAGCUAUCAAUGACCGAUCCAAAAUUUUCACCACAGGGUUUGAAAAACCCCUCCUGCAAUGCUUGAUGCUCCAAUAAAAAUCUUAUCCUAUUGUAUUUCCUUCAAAGUUUUAUAGUACCAAUUCUUGUGAAAUGUCUGUUGUAUAGACGUAUGGAUUAUAUCUAUUCUCUCUGUCAUUUUUGUAUA